UCACAAUAUCACAAAGCAGUCAUAUCAUAGUCUCUAUAGCACAGGAACACAGUCUCUCUUCUUCCAACAACAUCAUCAAACCCCUCGAAACAGUAACAGAAAAAACACACACACUCAACACACUCACUUUCAUUCUUCUUCACCAUUUUCACUCUCAAACAAACAAUGAUGGGUAACAACAACAGAGAAAGAGAAGAAUCUUUAACAUUCACAAUCCCAUCAUCUUCCUCUCAUUCCUCACCGAUCACCGUCUCUGACACACUCGAUAGUUACCUCACCGACCCAAGAAGCGCUUCUGGAAGUUUCCAGAACGAUGGUGUUCUUUCAUCUGGUGAUGUUGCCGAUGUUGAGUUUGGAUUCUCAAGACCUGAUUUUCGACAAAGUUCUCUUGUUGGUACUGUUGAGUUGUACGAACGACACGUGUUUCUUUGUUAUAAGAAUCCCAGGUUUUGGCCUCCUAGGAUUGAAGCUGCUGAGUUUGAUCGGUUGCCUAGGUUGCUUUAUGCUGCUGUUAAAGCUAGGAAGAAUCAUAUGAAGAAGGAGACCCGGUUAACGAUAUGUGAGGGUCAUGAUGGGACUGAAACAUCUAAUGGGGAUGUGUUAAUCUUUCCUGACAUGAUCAGAUACAGGAGAUUGACACAUUUUGAUGUUGAAACUUUUGUUGAAGAAGUUCUUGUGAAGAAUGGAGAGUGGCUACCUGGAACACCUGAAACUCUGAAAGGUUCAUAUGUUUUUGUGUGUUCACAUGGAUCACGUGAUCGUAGAUGUGGGGUUUGUGGACCUGUUUUGGUUAAUAGAUUCAGGGAAGAAAUAGAGUAUCAUGGUCUACAAGGUAAAGUAUUUGUUAGCCCAUGCUCGCACAUUGGGGGACAUAAGUAUGCAGGAAAUGUCAUUAUAUUUGGAUCAAGCAUGAAUGGAGAAGUCACUGGACAUUGGUAUGGAUAUGUUGCCCCAGAGGAUGUACCUUUAUUGCUUCAACAACAUGUCAUGAAAGGGGAGAUUAUAGACUCAUUAUGGAGGGGUCAGAUGGGAUUAUCAGAAGAUGAACAAAUACAAAAGCAAGAACAAAGGCUUCUGCUGAGUUGCAUAGGAGAUUUAGAAGAAAACCCUGUACUGAAUGGAUCUCUAGACAAUUUCACGAGCUGCUGCCAACCAAAUGGAGUGAGCUGCUGCCAAGAAAACGGAAACUCUUCCUUUUGUCAGAGUCAGGUGUCAGUGGAUGAGAGAAUGAGCUCCGAUGUCAUCGAGACUGAAGCAAAGCUUUCAGCUGAUAAUAAUAAGAGCAGCAAGGCGGCGGUUUCUCGAAUCAACAGCGGGAAAGGAGCUUCAUGCAGGUCUCGUUCUAUGACAUCAUGGCUUGACGGCUGGGAACAAGAAGAUACUUAUGCUGCUCUUGCUGUUGUCUGUGCUGCUGUAUCGGUCACUAUCGCCUAUAACUGCUACAAACAAUUGACAUAGGAGGAAUCAACUUUGUCAGUGUUAUUAUUAUUUAGGGAACGAGUGGGAGCUCAAUCGUUAAUGUGAAUUUGUGUGCUUUACUGAUUGUGGAAUAUUAUUGGCUGUGGCAUUUAUAAUCUGCCUAUUAGCUUAAUCUGUACAUAUAAGAAACCUUAGCCUCAGAAUAUGGAGUAUUUAUAAGUUUGUUUAGGCAGAAUUUGAUUUGUAACCUUUUUCAAUUUAUUGUAAAGCUUUUGUGUUCCUCAAACUUGCUAAUUAAUCCAAGAUUUGAGGUGCACACAACAUAUUCAAAAAGUCCCUUGCAGUGUUUCUCAAAGAA